AGUGGGUCUAAACAUGAUACGAGACCUAUUAAGCUCAGGAAGCUAUAUGAGAUCAUUUAACUUGGUUUUAGCACACCGUCGGCGUAUUGUCCGCCGCCAUCAAGGGGGAGGGACGUGGUAUAGGUAUUGGGACCGGGUGUACAAUGCCACACAGAUUGCAAGAGAGAUUGUAAUCAACGAUCCCUUUGAGGAUUUUGAACUUUCAAAUAUUGAAAUGGCUAUUAUUACGAGAUCUACGGAAGGUCUUCAAUCAUGUCUCUUGCUAAAGCAGGGUCUGGUGAGUACUGCAGACCUCGACGACUUCGAGUUUUGCACACUUCUCCUGAUGUGCCUAGGUUGGGUUCCAGGAAUUCUGCUCUUACUAAAUUCCACUUUGCCUAGGCCAGCUUGGGUGAUUGAACACUGCUUUCAAGGCGCAUGUCAGUAUCAUGAAUGCACAUCCGCCUUGCUGCUUCUUGAAUACAUAGAUGGAAUAUCCACACACCACCUAGCGGCUGUUGUUACAUGCGGAGACAUCAAAGUUCUCGAAACGGUCAUCUAUGAGCUUUCCACCCGCCGCUACCAGCUCCAGGAAGUGGCUCAGCAGCUGUCCGUCAACACUAUUCUUUCCCUUGGGUUACCGACGGAAGGUCUCCUGGACACCAGAGCCUGUGCUGUUCAAGAGGUGCUAGAACAGCAUGAUAUUAGCAUCGAACCACGUUUGCAUACUGAUUGGGGCUCGCUGUAUAGUGCCAUUCCACGUUGGGGAACAACUGCCGCGAACAUCCUAUAUACAUCUGGGUUCACGGAUCUAAACCAAUGCGAUACAUAUGACUUGCCUCCACUCGCAUACUUAGGCCAUGUGGAUAGUUCUUUGAGUGCGGAGAGCACUUUAGAACAGUUCCUUGAUUUAGCCUGUUGGAUGAUUGGCAGAGGGGCCAGCCUCCACCACCUCCAAUCAGUGGAAGGGUGUGCUGCUAUAUUGCACUUUGCAGAGAACCUUGCGGACUGGAUUCUAGAAGAGUAUCUCAACCUACCAUACCAAAGAGUACCAUUCUUUGAACUUGCGCUCAAGUCUGAAGUUCAGUCACUAAAUGUUGAUAACGCACGUCCACUACAGGCCGUUCUCUCAGAUAAUACAAAAGACAAUUGCUCAUGCGCUUGUUCGGAAAAGGGGUGUUCCCCAGUAACACGGCUGCUAAGGCGAUUUUGCGAACGCAGACGCGACAGCCCCAUGUUUAGUGGUUUGUGUGGCUCGAUAUGUCUCAGACUGCAAGAAUUCCUGAGCGAAAGAUUCCUGGGGAACCCCAACCCGAUCUUCAUCUCUUCAGCCAUUCGUUACCUGACAUUCGACGUUAUGGACUUGACGCACACCUGCCAUGCGUCAAGGUACGAUGACCCAAUCGACCCCGAAGAAGCUCGCGAAAUUCGCGAGGAAGAAUCAGAAUUGAUCGAUCAGCUUGAAGCCUUGGUGGUGGAGUUCAGUGAAAAGUAUGACGAGCUUAGGGUCGGCAUCCUGGACUUCUUCAAGGGCUACUGGAAAACACGCAUGUCGGAGGUUCUGACACCUGCAUGGCCCGAUGAAGGUGUUCUCAGAAGGGCCCAAGAAAUCGGUAUUAUUUCCUCAGAGGAGCCUGAAGCGAGCUUGGAUCGGGUAUUAUACUGGGUGGCGGAAUGGGAACUUCCGGGUGGGUUUUGA